UUAAAGCAUUUGAAGAGACUACAGACUUUCCUCCCAAGGGAAGGUGAGGAAGGUGGUCAAGGAGACCUGAGCAUAUUUUACAUUUUCUGCAAUGGAUUAUUUUACUGGGCCAAAACUUCUGGAUUUUAAGAAUUCACCGCCACAUCUUCAGUUCAACAAGUAUGUCCUGACAGGAUACCGGCCUAUAUCCACUUACAGAGACUGUCUGCGAAGUUUGUUCUAUCUGCACAAUGAAUUUGGGAACAUCUAUACACAUGGUAUUCCCUUCAUCUGCUUUUUGCUGUUUUUGCCUUUGAGUAUCCCAUGGGCUGAAGUUGAUGAGUGGUGGAUAGGAGUGGUGCAUUAUUUGGCUUGUCUGUCUCCCACUGUUUUUUCAGUCUUCUAUCAUCUCUUCAUGAAAUAUGAGGGUGGAGCAUCUAUUUAUGACACACUGCUGUGCUUCGACAUGUUUGGUGUCUGUCUCGUCAACACUCUAGGUGCUCUGCCAAUCAUUCACAUAACUUUGUUGUGUUACCCAUCCUCCCGCCGUGUGGCGAUGUUGGCAUAUCUCCUCCUCUCUGGCUGCGGUGUUCACUGCGCUGUCACUGCGAGUAACGUGCACCGCCUGCAAUCUUUCGCUUGGCAGGUGAUGUUCCGCUUCAUUCUCUUAAUUUUGCGUCUGACUGGGGCAGGCAGAGGAAGCCCCGCUUCCCUUCGCCUCUACCUCACCAUGGAUACUCUUGCGUUGCUAGGAGGACUAGUCAAUAUUUUCCGCCUGCCAGAGCGCGUCAGCCCUGGGCGGUUUGACUACUGGUUUAAUAGUCACCAGAUUAUGCACAUCAUGGUCAUCCUGUCCAUUAUGUACUUACACUGGGGCAUGCUGGAGGAUUUAACAUGGUUAAAGGGAUAUCACUGUCCCGGUGAAUAA